AUGGUAUUUUCGAAUCUAACGCAGUGGAACGGCCUUGCUGGAAUUAUGGAGCGAAUCGACCCAGUUGCCCGUCGUUCUCCUUGCACCUGGGAUGUGCGCGAGGAACUCAAAAAGUUCCUACCUGAACGGGAUGCCGAAGAGACUGGUGUCUCAUACGUGACCACUAACAUACCGGUAGCGGCCGCGCGACAGUGGGAAGAAAUAGAGGACCGAAUAAAUGCCAAACAUUUCGGGUUUAAACCCCCGCCUCCUCCCCGACCUCGCCAGCUUCGUCACUCCCUUCCUUCUAAACGAAGCCGGCUUGAUGAAAACUCUGGCGAAGGAACCUCAUCUGCAGACAACUCUCUUGUUGCGCGGGACCGUGUAAAAGAGCCUCCUCGGAGGCUCCUUAAGACAGAGUAUGGAACCUUUAAGCUAUUCGAUUCUGGCUUUUGGGUCCUGAAGGACGUAGGACCUAAUUAUAAGUUGAAGUUGCCUCUUGCAGCUGGAUUAAGAGAAGAACUUGAACCUAUUGAUGAUUAUGAAGAAGAGUUAUAUUACUUCGAGGAUGAUGAUGCUUACCAGUUCCUUGAUACUCUGGAAGAAUCUGAUUCCGAGGGUUCUCAGCCUGAGGGCGAACAGCAGAUGACAGAGUGUCUCGCCAGCAUGGACCUGAUGGACAUCAAUACAGACCCUCCGGGCGUUGGCAAGGAGGUUGGAGAUAAGGUGAAGAUAAUAAUUGACGAGGACUUUGAUGCUAGUACGGAUGUUGAUGAUCAUGAAGCAACAAUCAAAGGGAAAGGAAAGCAGAUAGAUGUGAUGGUGAUCGAUGAUGAUAGCUUGGAGGAGGAUUAUGCCUCUAGCCAGAAUGUUUUGCAGAACUUUGGUGCAAGCCCCUCUAACGCGCACCCCUUUAAUGUGGACCCUGAAGGGGCAGCUGUACGCGACAAUCAACUACGCGACAAUCAGCUGCGCGACAAUCAGCUGCGCGACAAUCAGCUGCGCAACAAUCAACGACUUGACUUUGUACAUCUACCUGAACACAACAAUUCACAGAUAGCCAGACAAGCCGCAAACAUGGACAACAAUCCGAGUUCGCAGGGGGUCAGAAAAGCUCUCACCAUGGACGACUACGUCCAGAGUCUGAACCCGCAGAAUCCUACUCAAGCUGAUCGCAUCAAGUAUCAAAAAUUUGUCGGAUUAUACCCACACCUAUUCCGCGACAAUCGCACCCAGCUACUUCCCAACGGAUAUUUCCCCUGGAAUCGGAUCCUCAGGUUUGACAAGCAACAAAUUGGCGUAGUGCAAUUCCUUCCAGACUCGUUCCCGGCGAUCCCUGGCUAUGAUAGAGAGGCGACAAUGACAUAUAUCCUAUCCGGAACUCAUAGUCGCACCAGACUGGAACCUUGGCCGUUUAUCUGGCGCAUUCUCAUCAAGUUCGACAACGAGACUGUCGGCGCUAUAGAAAUUCGACGGAUCCUAAUGCGUUUUCCUCCCCCCGCGAACCCUGACGGGUCACUUACGGAUCUCCUCAAGAUUCAUUCCCCUCUUACGAGCUCUGAUGCACCCCCGGUGGAUACACCUAACGCACCUCCUGUUGAAGGACAAUUCGGCUCGCAACUUAAUUCAGAAUCCAGCCACUAG